GAGGUCUGCGCAUGCGCGGCUUCUCUGAUGGCUGCCGGAGAGAAGAUGCCCACCCUGAUCGUCCCCCUGUAGCCUCGAGACGAGCCCCCAGCCCGCUGUCUGUCCGCGUGUCCCGCACAACGAGCCAGAUGUCGGUGGCCAAUGCGAAACACACCGUGCUGAACCCGGUGGUUCCGUACACCGGGCCCAUACCGGGAGGCCUGCACCCGGGGGAGAUCAUCAUCAUCCAGGGCACCGUGCCUGCAGACGCAGACAGGUUCCAGGUCGACCUGUCGAGCGGCUGCAGCACCAGGCCGCGCUCCGACGUCGCCCUCCACUUCAGCCCCCGCUUCACGGGCCCGCCGUGCGUGGUGUGCAACUCCCUGCUGCGGGAGGAGUGGGGCGAGGAGGAGGCGCUCCCCCUGCUGCCCUACAAGCGCGGGGCGCCCUUCGAGACCAUCCUUCUGGUGCACAAGGACGCCUUCAAGGUGGCGGUAAACGGAGCUCACCUGCUGGAGUACAAGCACAGACUCCCUCUGAACAGGGUCGACACCUUCUCCAUUUCUGGGAACGUCAGGGUCCACGCCGUCGGCUACAUCCCAAACUCAGCAAUAUAUUCAGAAUCAGGUGACUUGAGCCUCCCUUACAAAGGCAGCAUCCUCAGAGGGCUGAGCCCAGGCCGGCACAUCACCAUCAAAGGACAGGUCAGCAUGUAUCCACACAGUUUCACGGUGAACCUCCGGAACAGCGCCACGGACAACAUCGCUCUCCACCUGAACCCCCGCAUGAAGUCCAGCCUGUUCAUCAGAAACUCGUACCUGAGCGACUCCUGGGGCCACGAGGAGCGCGAGCUGCCCUUCUUCCCCUUCUCGUCCGGGGAGUACUUUGAGAUCCUCCUCCUCUGUCAGCCCCAUCAGUUCAAGCUGGCGGUGAACGGCUCCCACCUGUUCGAGUUCAGACACCGGGUGCAGGACCUGAGCAGCAUCGACCAGCUGGAGAUCAUGGGGGACCUGGAGCUCACCGACGUCAAGCUGUGGUGACCCCGAGCCGCGGUUCUGGGAGACGGAGGUCAGACGGGGGGGGGGCGCUGCUGGUCCCUGUGACCUGAGAGCUCGCAGAGAGGACCGACCCUGCAGUUUUCCCGUGCCGGACCGGAGGACUGAUGCAUGGGAGCGACGACGACUGUUUACAGCUGCAAGCUCAAGUGUCUCUGGAUCUUUUCUUCUUCUGUCUGUUGUGCAUCUCUGCUGUAUGAGUUAAACUGGAUGUAAAUGUUAAUAAGCACCUACAAAUUACUGGCUUCACCUGCAAAACAUUCAGAGAACGAGGCGGCGAAGAGCGGUUUCCUGUACAGCCAGCUGAGGAAAGAUUUAAAAAAAAGAAAACUUUUUUGAUACAAGGCUCGCCAACUAUUUUAAUUUGUAUUUUUAUUUAAAGGGACACACUGUCAUUGUCAGGAUUGGUCUCCUGCGUACGUGCGACUCUAUUUUAUCACGUGAAGUUGCAGCAGAACUCAAGCACAGAACAGAACAGGGUCAGAAACAUCUCAACAAACCUGCAGUCUCCAUGUGAUCCACUUCUCAUCUCAUCUCCCACAAGAGCCCGUUUAUUCCAUUUUUGUUGUAAGAAAAAAGUAUUCCUCAUGUAUCAUACCUUAUUUAUUAACGAAUAAAUGUGGGAAUAUUAUUAAUC